CCUCUGGCAGCUUGACGCACUACUGACAGGAGUAUUUUUCCAAGCGAGUGCGUCGAGGGUGCAGCCAUUUCUCGCACUGCUUUCUGCUCUUCUCGCAUUUGUUCAGACCCAAGUCUCUCUCCGUGACAGAAACCGCCUGAGGAAAGGCAGGUCAGAUUCCCCUCUUUGUUUACUGAGCUGGUUUCCUCGCCAGCUGAACCACGUCGGGAUGGACCCAGCAAGCCGUUACCAAGUGUUGCACAACGAGGAAGAUUCGUCAGAGACUUCCAGCGUAGAGCAGCAGCCCUGCACUUCUGCAUCAGCCAGAGCCGACGCGUCCGGCCCAGACCAGAGGGAGGCUCAGGCCGGCGCGGCCCCGGCCCCCUCAGCGGGCGAGGCUGACGCGCCGCCGCCACCGUACGCCUCCAUUGACCUCGGUGCGGCCGCCGCGGCACCUGAAUCCAGCUUCCAGGGCGACUUCCCCGUUCCUCCGCCCUACAGUGUCGCCACGUCACUACCAACCUACGAUGAAGCAGAGAAGGCUAAAGCAGCCGCCCUGGCUGCCUCCGCCGUGGAGGUGUUGCCCCGGGAUGAUGACUUCCCCCCGAGAGAUGACUUCAGCGACGCUGAUCAGCUUCGAGUCGGGAAUGACGGGAUCUUCAUGUUGGCCUUUUUCAUGGCCUUUCUCUUCAACUGGAUUGGCUUCUGUCUGUCGUUCUGUCUGACCAAUACCAUCGCCGGACGCUACGGCGCCAUCUGCGGCUUCGGCCUCUCACUCAUUAAGUGGAUCCUCAUCGUCAGGUUCUCAGAUUACUUCACUGGCUACUUUAACGGCCAGUACUGGCUCUGGUGGAUCUUCCUGUUGCUAGGCCUCCUGCUGUUCUUCAGAGGAUUUGUGAACUACCUGAAAGUACGCAACAUGUCAGAAAAUAUGGCCACGUCGCACAGAACACGCCUCUUCUUCCUAUACUGAAAGUUUCCUUGCCGCCAGCAUUCCUUUCCAGCGCAGUUCCUUCCAUCGCCCUCGCAUGACCUGACAGAGGAGCCCGACAGCGACGAGAGGAAGCGGGGAAGGAAUGGAGAAAGUGUUACCGGUUUCACCCAUCUUUUCUAGAACAAUUUGACCCACUCUAAAGAAAGUCUGUGCUUCUGAACUGAGCCAAAAAAGAAAGAUGAAUUUUCAUUCUCUCCCCCAAAUCCGCCUUUUUUUGCUUUCGUCGGGCUUACUCGUCGUGUUUCACGAAGCACAACGGGGAAAAAGCAAUCUCACAAAAAUGAAGGAAUUUAUUCAAACAAAUUUAAUCUGUCUAAUUUAGUUUUGCAUAUUCAGUGUUAACAAGAUUUCCUUUUGUCCUUGGAAGCGUGUCUCUGUCAUCCACAGAAAAGGUGGGUAUCAAACAGUCCGAACUAGUCUUACUUUAACUGUGAUGUAACGUUGUUUUACGGUAAAACCAAUCCAGAGAUGCGGAGCCCAGAAUGCAACCAGAACAAACAGGACUGCAGUUUUCAAACCUUUUAAGACUUCUUCACUUUAAAGUAGAUUCAGCUUCUAAAGCUUUCGGACUUGAUAAUUUCAUAGCAUACGCCAAGUUAAACUCAACUCUUGCGCUUCAAGACACUCUUUUUGUCAUCCAUGCUUUUGUUCUUGAGAACAUGCAAGCUAGAAAGAGCUAAUCAAUGAUGUAUAUUUUUGGAUAAAACAGUGUUUUAAGCUGCACAAGGUCUCAUCAGGUCAGCUUUCUGGUGCUGUGGAUGGGGAAGCGUGUUCACACACAGUGCUUUGCUUUUUCUUCUUUUUCCCCCUCUUGGUUUUGUUUCGAAAACGCUCUUUGGAGUUCAAGAGUCUUAUGCAAUUUAGCUGUAAUGAAUUUUAGUUAUCGUGGCUGUAAGGUCGUGCGUUGAAGUAGAUUUAGUCGAUUCGUUUAACCACCGCAGGCCGAGGACCGUUUGGAAGAACGAGAACGUCGCAAAGAAACGCCGGGCUGACUUGAUAUGCGCGACGCGGACGGAUCUCGGUUUGGGUGUUAACGUUUUCUUGUUUUGAGUGGAGACGAGGCGCGGCUUUGUUUAAUACAAGAACAGCAGCAGGUGUUGAGGUGAUCCACGAGCGUGACGGCGAUGAAGUCUAGGGUUGACGUGCGGUCAUGUUUGACUGGAGCCUGAGAAGAUGAAAUGGAGCCUCAUUAGAAGAGGAUAAAGUUUUGAUUUUUAUUUUUCCUUUUCAUGAAAUGAUAUGUGUGUAUAUACAAGCUUAUGCCAUUUUAUAAUAUUUGCACUUUGAAGUUCUGAUGUACAAGAAGAUUUGUGAAUCUGCUAAACUUGAUGUGGGGGUAGAAAAAAAAUACAUCGUCUCUUAGCCAUCCAAGAUUUUUUUUUUUUAAACUGGAAUUCUUAAUCAUCCCAUAAGGAUAAUCUGCCUUUUGCACUUUUUAUUUGUCAAAAAUAAUAUUUAUGUGUCUUGUUUUCAUUGCUUUUAACCUGAACUGUGACAGUUUGAGAAUUGCCAAACCUAUUUUUUUUUUGUUUUCAAAAAUUGACUGGUCAUAUCUUAAUCCAGCCUCCUUCAGCAAUACCAAGGACUUUCAGUGAAUUAGAGCUCUACUGCAUGAUUUACCCACCUGAACUAGUUUGGCUGGGUAACGUUAGGAUUAAUCUACAAAUCCAUGUUUCUUUGUAAAAAUGGUAAGUAAGGGGUGUUAUUUCUCUGAGGCGAGACUCAGAAAAUCAUCUCAAUCAGUUAGUAUGCAUUUACUAUAACUGGAAAUAAAAUGACAGAUCUUGAAAAAAAAAAA